AUGCAUCCCAUCACAGCCGUUCUUCCGCUCCUCCUUGGCGUGGCCGCCGCCAUUGCCGAACCGCCCUACGGCCUUCGCAUUGGCGUCGACCGCCCAGCACCCCCCGACCCGGCCUUUCCCUUCACCGAUCUCUGUCCCGAAUGGCGGCUCGAGUAUCUUGUUGCGGGCGGCGAGCUGUCCCUGUGGACACGCUGUGCCGGGCCGUCGCCGCAGUCGUCCGUGGUGUCGCUGCUGGCGCUGGACAGCUCCCUCGUCGCGUCGACGCAGGGCAUCCAGCCGGCGCAUCCGUCAAACGCCGCCCCCGUCAGCUUCUCCUCGACCUGCCGCGACUGCGUGCUGCCCAACACCGGCGACUCCCUCAUGGCCUGCAACUGCACGGCCAGCCAGGGCACGACGCUGUGGACGGUCGAUCUGGCCGAGUGGAUCACGGCCGAGCAAGGGGUGCCGUGCUUUACCGACGGCGUGGUGUGCGGCACGGUGCAGUCGUCGACGGGGCCGGCACCGUCGCCGUCGUCCUCGACCGCCAACAAGCCAAAGUGUACCAAAGAGUGA